CUUGAAGGCAUCGUCAAAAGGCUUGUUGACUCUAGCCCUGACAGCCUCGGCUUUACUUCCUGCCUUCCCUAACUUUACGGAACUCAAUACAGCAGGGCAGUAUUCCCGUUAGUAGACAUCUGACUUGAUGAACACAAAGCCGCUUGGGACUGAUCAUGACCCAUCAGAAGCAGCAAGAUUUCAUGGAGAGGUUGGAGGCGGCCCUCUUGUGGAUGCAGGCUUCCCAGGAGAUACUUAAAGCCAAUGACAACACCCAGGGGCCCUUUAAUGCCUUGGAGGCCAGACUCAGGGAGACAGAGAAAAUCCAUCAGUCAGAGCAUGAAGGUCGUGUGAAGAUGGACAUGGCGCUGGUUGCAGCAGAGAAACUUUUGGAGAACGGAGAUGAAGAACUGAGGAAACACACCCUCGCUAAACUCAAAUCUCUGAAAAGCCUGUGGGAGGAGACCUCAACCUACAUCAUCCAUUGUCACAGUCGAAUUGAGUGGGUGUGGCUUCACUGGAGUGAGUACCUGAAGGCUUACGAGGAGUUUGAGCUUUGGCUGACAAGGCAGCAGCGCAUCCUAAAUGCUGGAGUGGAGCUGCAGCUGGGGUUGAAGGAGAAGAUUUGGCAGGUGGACCAUCAAAGAGUGAUAGUUAGCGACGUUCAUGGACAGGCUGUGCUGUUGGAGAGGUUGUUGAACGAGGCGGCAGCACUCCACAACAGAACCCAGGACCACAGUGUGGAGCCCCAAACCCAGAAGAGGCUGCAGGAGGCUUACAAAGACGUCCAAGAAAGAGCUGAGGAGCGUCUGUUGCUGCUUCAGAAGAUUGCUGAGGAUCAUCAGACAUACCAAGGCAGGAUUCAGGGGUUCCAGUCGUGGCUGCUAUCAAAAACCAAGGAGUUAACUGAUCUGAUGGACAGCGAGAACACAACUGAGAUUAAGCUCAAAGCCUUACAAGCUCUGGAUGACAGUGUGGCCGGUGAGGAGAAGAACCUUCAGCAUAUCGAGGGUGUUGCGGAGGCAGUGAGGAGCAGCACCUCUCCUGCAGGUGUGGAGGUAGUGGUGGAAGAGGCUGAGGAGCUGAGGCUUGGCUGGCAAAGGCUAAGGCAGGGCCUCUGUGAGGCUGAGGAGGGCCUGCGCUUGAGACUGGACUCUUACAGUCACUACAUGGCCAAUUGUCAACAGCUUGGAGAGGACAUUGGCCGCCUCAGGCAGCUGUUGCAGGGGCUGAACCAGGAGCUGGAUGAGGGAUGCGAGAUAGAGGACUGUACUGAGGAGCAGAUAGUUGGCCAGUGGAGGAAAUACAAGGGUGUGAAGAAAACUCUGGCAUCGGAAGAGUCCCAAGUGGAACUUCUCAAAAGCCAGCUCAAGGAGCUCUUUAAGUUCUCAGUGGACUCACGUCAACUUUCUGAUGAUGUCCUGGCCGUUGUCAAAGAGCAUCAGAGUGUGAAAUCUAGAGCAACCAGGCUGUGUUCAGAGCUGCAGUCAGGACUGAGAAAUAUUCUCCAGGACCCACUGCUGGUCUACACCCAAUGGAGCCACAUGGUUCCUCAGGUGUUGGAGGCAUCUGCUGAGGUUACUGACUUCUCCCAUAUUGCCAUGAUAGUCCAGAACAUAGAGCGCCUGCUGAAGGAUGGUGUCCAGUUGCAGGAGCAUUUCAGUCUGCUGCAUGUGAAGGGAGACCUGCUGGACUCUGUGUUUGGUCAUGAGAGGUCUGAUGCUUUGCAGGGCGAGUUGGGUGCUGCCAUCAAAAACAGAGAGCUGCUGCACACUCAGCUGCUGCAGGGGAAGAGCAAAUUACAGGCCUUGAUAUCAAGAACCAAGGAUUUCGGUGAUGCCUACAAGUUGAUCCACGCUAAGCUGGCCUAUCUUCAAGACAAACUGGUGGUUGCGGAUGGCCUUCACCCCGACAUUUUGGCCAAGAAAAGUCAGUCAGACCAGUAUAGGAUGAUCCAGAGGGACCUGGUGGACUGUGAAGCCCAUAUCACAGCACUGGAGACUCUGGUCUCCUCCAGUCAGAGCAACAGGACUAAUUUUGAGAGGCUGUAUGCUGACUGGAAACAUCUUCAAAAGGCAGUCAGGACAAAGUUGCUUGAGAGUGAGGAGAGCGUUGCAGUUCAUGAGAGCUUCCAUGGCAGCCUGCUGAACAUAGAGAAGUGGCUGAUGAUCAUGAAGCAAAAGUUGAAGUCAUUUCACAGCUCUGCUGGAGAAUGGAGCAUAGAGGGUCGCCAACAUGAAGCAGAGAGAGCACUGGGAGAAUUUCCAGAGAAGGAGAUUCAGCUACAGCAGAUGGAGGUCCAGGGUCAGGGGGUUUUGGAGAGUACUUCAAAGGAGGGGCAGAUACACAUUCUGCAAGACAUGAAGCGGCUACGAAAGUCCUGGUUGUCCCUCUACAACAUGAGUCUCAAUCUUCACAGGUUACUGAACAGCUCCAUGGAGUCGACAGCAUGGAAGGAUAGAGCCCUUUCUGUAGACAGCUCAUUCCUAUCAGAACUCAGUCUAGGGCAGGAUGACAGUGAGUUCCUGGCAGGAGGCUCAAGUAGUCAGAGAGGAAAAAAACAGGAUCAGUCAACAGAGAAGUUUGGAGCUUUUGUAAGCCCUGGGCCUGGACAAGGAGAUAGUCUGGAGGGAGAGGCAGGGGAGGGGUUGCUGACAGGGCGGAGUACAUGGAUCCAGGGCCAUGCUGAAGGCCAACUCAGGCUGGUUGCAGAAGAUGAUGAACGUUUCACUCCAUCAAGGACAGAGAAGGACAGUCAGCACUCAUUUAAUGGAGAUGAAAUAGAUUCCUUGGAUUUGAGCAUUCAUUGCAGCCAGGGUGUUCCCAAAGACACAGAUGAAUGGCCUGAUAAUAAAUCAACAGGGGCUGACAAUCGCAUCCUGAUUGGAGACAGAGGAGUACCAGCAUUAACUGCAAUGGGGAACACAGGACACUGCAAAUCCAGAAGGAAUGAGUUUGAGGCGUGGCUGUGCAAAGGGAAUGAACUCCUCUCAGGGAUCCUCAGCACCAAGAGAGCAACCCUCAGUGCCAAAGAACUCAAGAUCCAACAGAACACACUUGAAGCUCUAGAGGCAGGAGUGGUCUGGGGUCAAGAGCAGUUCGAGCUGUUACUUAAGGAAAAGCAGUGCAGAGUGUCUGGUUCUGAUUCAGCAGAGGAUGUGGGUCUUGAGGAAAUUCGCUACAACUGGAUGCUCUACAAGUCCAAACUGAAGGAUCUGGGAGACAUGAGAGCUAGGAGCAAUGCUAAGAAGCCCGGGUUGUUGCAGCGGGUAUGUCGGCUGGCUUUUAUUCUAUGGAUCCCUCUACUGGCACUGCUGCUCCUGUUGUUCCUCCUGCCCCUCAUGGAUGAAGGCAACAGCUGCUCGUUCUCCAACAACUUUGCCCGAUCCUUCAACAUCAUGCUUCGCUAUGACGGACCUCCACCCACAUAACCAUCUUACAGCCAUGGCUUAUGUAGAACAUUUUAACUGUAAUUAUUGAGGUUCCACAUUCGCCUGCCCUUUGAUCAUCAUGCAUGACUAUUACACCACAAAUAACAAGACACAACCUUAAUAUUUCAGUUCAAUAUAAAGGCUGUGCCACUUCAAACCCUUUGUUCUUGUGAUUAUAUUCGUUUUUAAUAGUAGUUUCACUACCAGUACUCUUAAACUAAUUUCAGUAUAUAUUAUCUUUUAAGGAACUAAAGAUUAAUAUUUUUUAUCCUUUUAUAUUAUUUCUACAAGGAUGGACUUAACAUUACCUGGAAUAACCAAACCAACCAUGUAUGCACCCUGCAUUCAUACAUUCUUGGCUGCUUUGUCAAAUGUCUGUUCCGUUGGACUUUAAAAGCAUAUCAUAAUACCUACCACAAAGGAUUAACAAGACUGUAUUUCAAUUCUAAAUCCCAUACUCAUUUUAGGAAUUUCCAUAUACUGUAAGAUAUGACUGGAACAUUUAAUAUUUACAACCUAAUGUCAAUUUUUAUUAGUUUCUAGUUCUAUGUCUGCAAAAAAUUCAAAUGUGGUUGUUAGUCAAAUCGUAAAAUCAGUGCUCAAAAUUAUUUUGUGGUCUUGCAUAUAAGACUUUAAGAACUCUGUAAUAUUAGCAGAGAUUUCAAACAGCUAAUCUGCAUCUAUUUAAAGGAAACAUACUCAUUCAGGUUCAUCAUGUUAUAUUAGGUCAUUACUUAUAAAGCUUUAUAUGCUCUAAUGAUCAGAAAACACAUUGCUUUCCGUAUUCUGUCCAUUUCUGCCGCUCAUCGUAUUUUCUUGUUUAAGCUCCUGUCUCUUUGAGGCCCCCUCUUGAUAAAGGCCAGUCUUCUCUGAUUGGCUACAUUGGCUUUGUUGAGAUAGGUAGGAAAUGUAAUCCCCGCUCUUGCUUUAGUUGCCUGUGUUAGGGGAUGUGCCAGACUGACAUUACAUCACAUGACAGUCAGUGACAAGUAUCGGCAGGACUACAAUGUAACACACAAGAGGAAAGUGAAAAAUCUAUUCAUGUUUCAGUAAGACUAAAGCAAUUUAUAUUAGUUAUUUCUUUGAAGCUCUUUUUAACUGUACAACCACCUCAUGAAAGCUGUUACUUUUCUUUCCUGGGAUGCUAUUUAGGUUUGAGCAUGGUGAUAGAACAUUUUCACAGCCUAAUCCACCAGUGAAAACAUUUACAAAGCAAUACACCUUUGCCUCUGACAUUUUUGUUGACCAGUGUGCUGUUUAUGCCUAUACCUGAACAACAAUAUUUUAUGCAAAUCCGCAUAUGUAUAGCUUGUAUUAAAUCUUAUAUUCCAUUUCUCUUCACACCAGGCACACUCCUAAAAGCACACUCCCAUCACCUCAACACACGAUCACAUAGACUGUUAGUUUCCCUUUUUUGGGUUGUUUAUCUAUAUUAAGUGAUAUAGUAAUACAGAUUUGACAUUUAAAGACAGAUACUUAAUUCAUUCCCAUGGGGACAUUCUGAUAUCAAGAAGACAUUGAGACACAAUAAGUCAAAGACAUCCAAAUUAGGCAAAUAUCUGAUUGAUAAAAUAAAUAGAUAAAUGAUAGAUAGAAGAGGUGCAAUGAUAAAAGUCCCUAAAACAGUCUUUGCACUGUUUGUAUAAAUCUCAUUUAGCGACUCAUUAUGAGUAUCUUGAUACAGCAAUAGAGCCUUUGUGCAUUGUGCAACUUCACACUUGUAAGGGUAUGUGUGUAAGUACUUGUUAAAUUCUGCUUCAGUUUAGACAUAAUUGUAAAUCUCACAUAAAUAAAUAAGACCCCACUGCCUAGAUAUUGCUAUGCAAUAAUAUAAUGUAGAUUCAAUUUGGUUACAAAACUGUUGGUGCCAUUGUUUCAAAAAUCUAAGUUUGAGAAUUAAAAACUUUACCUUCAGGAGUUGUACAUGUGUGUAUAUGUGUACAUAGGCAUUUUACCUCACAUCUAAGAGGUUUCCUAAGAAGCUUCUUCAGAAGCGUCUUCAAUGAAAGGUGAAACAUCUCCAAGAAACAAAAGCAGGACCAGUUGCUUAUGCACACUUGUAACUUAUGAAGAUACCAUGACCUGGAUGACUAACUUUCAAAUUAUAAUUCAGAUGCAGAUAACUGCCAACAUAGAUCAAGCAAAGCACAGAUAUUCAUUAGCUUGAUCCGACCUUACAUCAGAAGUGGAAACACAGAAUUAAUAUCAUAUACAUUAUCACCAACAAGCCUAUGGUGUGUAUGGCAAUGUUGAGUGCUUUUAAAAUGUAGAAAUAUGCUAUAUGCAGCACCUUUAAAGUUAACAGACUUACCACGAAUUGAAAAGCGGUAUUUAUUUAUCAUGGCCUCAGAUUUGUAUGUAUGCCUAGGUCGCUUGUACUCUGUGCCAUAACCAUAUGUAGUUAUUCAGUAUAUAGCUUAAUAAACCACUUGUGUACUAUAUAGCGUUUAUAUAUCCAUGCUAAAUAUAAAGCUUAGUCCUGUCAUGCAUGUUAAUGUAGUAUUACAUGCGAAAUCAAGUGUCCCUUUAAAGAAGACUAUGCAAUGCCUGGACAAAAUUAUAUCUUAUGUCACAAAAAAAAUGACAUGAAUAUCCUGAGCACAACUGGUCAGUGUGUGUGAGACAAUCAAAUAGAUAAAAGCAAAAUUCGAAUGUCACAUUUGUUGGACUACAAAUGUUAUGCAAAGAUGACCUAUAUGCCAGUGCCUGCUGUCAGUUUUAGCUAUUGCUUAUGAAGAAGAAUGUCAAGUUAGAACUUUUUGAAGAAGAAAAAGAUGAUCUUUAUUUAAAGGUUUGAAAUAGGAUAAAAAACUGUUUGAAAGAACUUGUAUUUAAACAAUGUUAUUUUUAACCUGAUGCAAUAAAUCUAUUUACCUAUUCUGA